CACGGAUGGAGAUGAGAUCGACGCCGCUGAGGGGAGGACGGCCGGCGAAGACUCACAUCUCCCCUUUCCCGCAGAGUUCCGAAGUCUCUUACCCGAAGGAUGAGCCGCAUCGAAAGAAGCCUACGGUAGAGAAACCCUUCGACGAGUCCGGGCAGCGUAUGAAGAACUUCUGCUUCACGCCAGAAUGUUUGAAGGCCGCCUUGGAGCUCAAGGAAUCUAUGGAUCUGACCGUGGACCCCUGCGAGGACUUCUUCAAGUACACCUGCGGGAACUGGAUCGCGAAAAACCCCAUCCCACCGGCCGCCAACGCCAUGACCAUCAUCAAGGGGAUGGAGGACCUGCUGCACGAGAGGAUCCGAGACGUUCUCAGAGCGAAUCCCUCGCCGGGUGACAGUGUGCCCGUUCGGGAUGCGAAGACCUUGUACGCUGCCUGCGUCAACACUGCAACUCUGGAGUCUCUGGGGCUGGAACCGCUCACCUCCAUCAUGAAAAACUACGGCAGAGGCUGGCCGAUGACCCUGUACGGAUGGAAUGGAUGGGACUUCGACUGGCAGGAGACGGCGGCCGCCUGGAUGCGAAACGUCACGCUCAACACGUUCAUCUCGGCUUAUGUGGGGCCGGAUGACAUGAACACCGACAGGAACGUACUCUAU